UCGGUCCCCGCUGCCCUCAGAGCCCCCUCAGCCGGGGAGCGGUGAGGGGGACAGGGGGAACGGUUCGCCAGACAUGGCGCUGCUGCUGGAGCACGAGUUCAAGCCGCUGCCGGCUGAUAAGCAGAUCGAGACUUUGCCCUUCCUGGAGGCCGUGGCGCACCUGCCGCCGUUCUUCGAUUGCCUGGGGACUCCCAUCGUCUACUCACCGGUCAAAGCAGACCUGACUGGGAAUAUCAAGAAAAUCCGGGCGGUUUAUGACUCCAAUCCUGCUAAGUUCAAAACGCUGCAGAACAUCCUGGAGGUGGAGAAGGAGCUGCACGGCUCAGCCUGGCCCAAGAUAGGCGCGACGCUGGCGCUGAUGUGGUUGAAAAGGGGUCUGAAAUUCAUUCUGGUGUUGCUGCAGAGCAUCUCCGACGGUGAGAGGGAUGAGGAGCAUCCCAACCUCAUCCGAGUGAACGCCUUGAAGGCUUACGAGAUCGCGCUGAAGAAAUACCACGGCUGGAUGUUGCAGAAGCUCUUCACAGGCUCAAUCUAUGCUCUUCCCUACAAAUCCGAUUUGCUGAAGGCCUUGGAGAAGGGUAAAGAAGUCAAGGAAGAGGAAAGCAUAGAAAAAAUCCACCAGUUUCUCACGAGAGUCACUCCAAUCCUGGAUGCAAUUUAUGAGAUGUACACGAAGAUGAACGCUGAGCUGAGCUACAAAGCCUAAAGCUGGCACAGGACUGGCACAGAUUAUAUAACGUGUGAUGGGUGUUACCUAUGUCUUCAUCACUGAGGCAGCUGGGGUGGCUCCCAGCUCUCCGGUGACUUCGAUUCCUGUCUGGAUCUGCAGUGGAUAACAUCUUUUCUAACCAAAAAGUAAUAGUAAUUAACUUUCUAUUAAGAAUAGGGCAAUAAAACAAUUGUGGGUGUCA